UAGGUCGUAUCCCCUCCUCGGGCGACGUCAACAACAACAAUAAGGGGGUAAAUGUCUUUAGGAAGACGCCUGACUCCAAAAAACAACACUCAAGACGUCUUCGUUAACAUUGACGCUGUCUCCCAUCAAUACCAUUCGAGCAAUUAAAAGGAGGAGAAAAUCUUCACUUCACAUACCAAAGAAAUAUCUGCAGGGAGACGCAAUAAGACAACUAGACAUCUAAAGGAGAUAAUCCUUAUGCAUACUGCACGGAUUAAGUGGGGAGGUGCAUAAAGGAGCGUAUUAUAAAUAAAAGAUCUGCAGAGGAGGUGGCUGGAGAUGGUGGCGGCGUGGGUCCGUGUGGGGGUCGUGGGCGUGUUCUUGAGCUACGUGGCGUGGGUGGCGAAGCCCGGCUCCUCUCUCUUCUCCUGGCACCCAGUCUGUAUGACCCUCGCUUUCACAGGUUUGAUGACAGAAGCUGUAUUUAUGUUCUCCAAGUCAGGACUGGCAGCUGGCAGAGUUCACAGUACCAAGAUAACAGCUCACUGGGUGGUGCUAAUACUGGUAGCAACAGUGCAUGGUGUUGGCUUUGCAGCCAUAUACUAUAACAAGGAGCUUAACAAUAAGCCUCAUUUUGUAUCCUGGCAUGGGUGUGUAGGACUUGCUGCAUCUGUACUCCUGUGGGUCCAGCUGAAUGCAGGAGUAUUUGCUAAAUAUCCCAAACUCUUGAAAAGUAUCAUGCAAGUUAAGACUGUGAAAGCCAACCAUGGACUGUUUGGUAUGUUUAUGUUUACAACCAGCAUGGUGACAAUUGUACUUGGGCUCUGUACCACAUGGUUUCAAGAUAAUGCUUCACGGCUGGCUUUCUACUCAUCACUAGGACUGCACAUUUUGUUAGUGCUCAUAGUUGGCAAGAAACUUUUAACCAAGUAUGGUGGUAUUCCUGGGUAACCUUAAAAGUAUUGUUUCUGUUAAACACUGCACAAUACACUGCCAAAAUAAUAUUUCCAAGACUUACAAUUUUCUUUGUUUCCUACCAUUUAUUUUCAUAAAUUCUAGGAGUUAAAUUUUGUUGUGUAACUGGCCUAGAAUUAGGAUUAUUGUACAAAGUACACUAUAUAUGAUCCUGUAAUCAAGCCUUAUCUGUUACAAGCAUGCUUAGACAAAGAUACAGUACAGUACUUAUUUUUUAUUAUGGUAUCACUAAUUAGACUUCUCCUAAAAUGUUUAGUAACAAUGUAAAUGAUACUGCAAUUUAGUAUUUUUAUAAAAUGAAAAUAUAUAACAAAUAUUAUGCUAAAUUAUGUUCAUAAUGGGAUACAUGCAAGCAUACAAGAAAUAGAAUCAAGCUACCCUUUUAGUGUUUCUUUAUUGUAUCAUACAAGCAACAUCAUUUAUAACAUUGUUUUGGUAUAAUAUUUCCCAUUGUUAGGGACAAGAAUCUGUUAGGCUCAUUAAGAAUCAUCCUAGGCCACUUAUUUACCAUUCUCAAAAUGCAAGCAACAACAGUUGCCUAAUUUCUUGAUAUCUACUUACUGCUAGAGGCAUUAGGCGAGAGGAAAUGUGCCAUAAUGUAUGUCCUGCCGUGGGAAUCAAACCAAGCACUUUUCAGUUGUUAUCUAACUGCACGAGUGCUUUUCUCCUCGAGUAUAUCACAAAAAGCGUUUUCGCACAAAAUCAGUUCAGUAGGAUAAUUUAAAUACUGUAUAAUAAACAUGUAAAAAGUAUUACAGUAUCAAACUUUAUUCAAUAAAAAUGUUAGUUUUUA